AUGGGUGGUAGUACCAACUCUGGAUCGACCAGGGUGCCACGAGCCUCUUCUGCUGCCGUCUCCAUGUCUCACGGACUGUUUGGCCCUGUGCGUUCAGCUCCCAUGUCGGUCUUCAAGGGUGUCAGACCUGCGGACCGGGCUGCGAACCAUGACCCUGGUCUUCUGUUGAUUGUCGUUGGCGUUAUGCGGAGUACACACCUGACCCUUCGCCUAGGUUCGCCAGGUUGGGUGAUGAUUGGCAACGAUGACGCUGUUGUCACACUCGUGGCCCGAGAGUCCAUCACUGUCAGACUCACCGUCUAG